GGGCGCUGCCGGCUGGGAUCGCCGGUGCGGCGGCCCCGCGCCGAUGGCGAGCAGCAGCGGCGGCCGCAGGUAGGGCGGGGCGGGCGCCCCGGCCAUGGCGCAGCCCGAGCCCGCCGAGGCGGCGCGGCCGUGGCGCGAUGCCGCCCUCCGCGCUCGGAAGCUGCGGGGCGAGCGCGACCCGGAGGCGGAGGUGGGGCCGCCGGGGGGGCCCCCGCCGCCCGCCGCGCCGCUGGCCGAGCUGGAGGCGCUGAACCUGAGCGGGCGCGGGCUGGAGGCGCUGCCCGAGGAGGUGGGCGCCGCGCUGAGUGGGCUGCGGGUGCUGAGCCUGCGGCGCAACCGGCUGAGCCGCCUGCCCGCCGCCGCCCUGCGGCACCUGGGCCGCCUGGCGGAGCUCGACCUGAGCCACAACCGGCUGCGGGGGCUCGGGGACGGCGCGGCGCUGGCGGCGCUGCGGGGGCUGCGCAAGCUCAGCCUGAGCCACAACGAGCUGGGAGCCGAGGGGCCCGGGCUGCCGGCCCGCCUGGCCGAGCUGGGGCGCCUGGAGGAGCUCGACCUCAGCUUCAACCGGCUGCGGCGCCUGCCCGAGGGGCUGGGCCGGCUGCGCCACCUCCGCGCCCUCGACGUGGACCACAACCUGCUGCCCUGCUUCCCCGCGGCGCUGCUGGAGCUGCCCGCCCUGGAGGAGCUCGACUGCUCGGGCAACCGGGAGCUGGGGGCCCUUCCCGAGGGCAUCGCCGCCCUCCGGCGCCUCAAGAUCCUCUGGCUGAGCGGCACCGGGCUGGCGGCGCUGCCCGAGGGUCUCUGCCAGCUCGGCGCCCUCGAGAGCCUGAUGCUGGACGGCAACCGGCUGCGAGCGCUGCCCGCCGGGUUCGGCAGCCUGCAGCGGCUCAAGAUGCUGAACCUCUCGUCCAAUCUGCUGGAGGAAUUCCCCGCUGCCAUCCUGGCGCUGCCCAGCCUGGAGGAGCUCUACCUGAGCCGCAACCAGCUCACCGUGCUGCCCCCUCGCCUCUGCCAACUCCACCAGCUCCGCACCCUCUGGCUGGACAACAACCGCAUCCGCUACCUUCCCGACUCCAUCGUGCUCCUCCACAGCCUGGAGGAGCUGGUCCUGCAAGGCAACCAGAUCGCUAUCCUGCCCGAGGGCUUUGGGCAGCUCUCCCGGGUCACCCUGUGGAAGAUCAAAGACAACCCCCUCAUCCAGCCCCCCUACGAGGUGUGCAUGAAGGGCAUCCCUUACAUCGCUGCCUACCAGCAGGAGCUGGCUCACUCCCAGCCCGCCCUCAAACCCCGCCUCAAGUUGGUUCUCAUGGGACUAAAGGAUGCGGGAAAGACCCUGCUGAGACGGUGCCUCAUGGAGGAGGAUGAUGGGCAGAGGGAGGACGUGGGAGGUCUGGAAGCUGGGAGCGCCCAGCCCAGGGGGUGCUCUGGGCAGCAGCAGCAGGAUGUUAGUAGGAGAGUGCCAGCUGGCUGUUUCCCCUUCCCGGAGCCUCAGGACACUUCCUCAGUGCAAGCACCUGCCACCCAGCAGGUAGAACGUAUCCCCGUUGAGCAUAAGGAUGUCCCUUCUCACAUGUCCUCUCACCGAGUGAAAGGGGAAACGCUGUGCCCUGCACCGUCACUGCCAUCAAAUGCCCCCCAAGUACCAUCAGGACUGGGACUAUCAGGAGGCAGCAAGGGCAUUGAGGUGAUGGACUGGACUGCAGAUGCGGAGAGGGGCCUGACAUUCAUUGUGUACGAGCUGGCUGGGGACCCGAGCUAUGAUGUGAUCCAGUCUUUCUUCCUCUCUCCCGGGGCUCUGUAUGUGUUGGUGGUGAAUUUGAGUGCCUAUGUCCCUCAGCGCUUCUACCCCUCUGUGGGCUAUUUCUUGCACUGGCUUGGUUCCAAGGUGUCCCAUGCUGUGGUGUGCAUGGUGGGAACCCAUGCUGACCUCUGUGCGGAGCGAGAGUUGGAAGAGAAGUGCCUGGACAUCCAUCAUCAGAUCGCUCAGCAGGAGAAGAGGGAUGCUGAGGGCCUCCAGAGCUUGGUCCAGCAGGUGGAUGAGGCUCUGGGACAGGACUUUGACCUGCGCUGCUCCAGCCCGCACGCUGCCUUUUAUGGGGUCUCAGACAAGAACUUGCGUCGAAAGAAAGCCCAGUUUCAGUACCUUCUCAACCACCGCCCACAAAUCCUCUCUCCAGUGCUGCCUUUCAGCUGCCGGGACCGUUGCCAGGUGCGUCGCCUGCGGGACAAGCUCCUCUCGGUGGCUGAGCACCGGGAUAUCUUCCCAAACCUGCACCGGGUGUUGCCCAAAUCCUGGCAAGUGCUGGAGGAGCUGCACUUCCAGCCACAAGCUCAGCAGUUGUGGCUCAGCUGGUGGGACUCUGCCCGGUUGGGCUUGCAGGCAGGCCUGACGGAGGAUCGUCUCCAGAGUGCCCUGUCCUACCUGCACGAGAGUGGGAAGCUCCUCUACUUUGAGGAGCACCUCACCUUGCGGGAGUAUGUGUUCCACAACCUGCCACGGCUCAUUGACAUCCUCAAUGUCUUCUGCCAGCGGGAUGCCACUGUAUUGCUCCAGAAACUGCUCAGCGACACCCACAUUGAUGAACUGAGGGCCACUCAGCUCCAUCAUUACGUGGAGGGCUUUCUGCUGCAUGGCCUCCUCCCUGCUCACGUUAUCCGUCUGCUCCUUAAGCCCCACAUCCAGAGCCGGGAGGAUCUGCAGCUCAUUCUGGAGCUGCUGGAGAAGAUGGGACUCUGUUAUUGUGUCAACAAACCCAAAUGCAAGCCCCUAAAUGGGGCGGCUGCUUGGUACAAGUUUCCCUGUUACGUGAAAAAUGAGGUCCCCCAUGCAGAGGCAUGGAUCAACAGCACCAAUCUGAGUGGACAGUCCUUCGUGGUUGAGCAGCUGCAGAUUGAAUAUAGCUUUCCAUUCAUUUUCCCGCCCGGCUUGUUUGCACGCUACAGCGUCCAGAUUAAUAGCCAUGUGGUUCAGCGAUCAGAUGGCAAAUACCAGAUCUAUGCCUACAGGGGAAAGGUGCCCGUGGUGGUGAGUUACCGGCCUGCCAGGGGAGCUCUGCAGCCAGAUACUCUGUCUAUCGCUAGUCAUGCGUCCCUACCAAAUAUCUGGACAGCUUGGCAAGCUAUUACCCCUUUAGUAGAAGAACUGAAUGUCCUGCUCCAGGAGUGGCCGGGCCUGUACUACACUGUGCACGUCCUCUGUUCAAAGUGCCUUAAAAGAGGGUCACCCAACCCACACACUUUUCCAGGAGAACUGCUGAGUCAGCCGAGACCAGAAGGACUGACGGAGAUCAUCUGUCCCAAGAACGGCAGCGAGCGAGUUAAUGUUGCCUUGGUUUACCCCCCCACUCCUACUGUGAUCAGCCCUUGUUCCAAGUGAGACCUGAAAACAGACCCCCAUUCCUCUAUAAAUCGUCAGUGCUGGUGCCAAAGGUUUUCACCAGGCAGAACAUGGCUGAUGCUCUGCAGUGGUCCUGUCUCUCCACUUGUGGAGUUGCAUGCUGACGAGGAUUGAUGGGACUUUGGACUCUGAAAUGCUGUGGGGCAGGGGCAGCUCCCAGGUGGGGGCCUUGUGGCUGGAGUGGAUGCAAUUGCCUGGAGGUCGGGGACAACUAUGAGGCAUGAAGCAAAAUGAUCGCUGCAAAUGGCAGGGCCACCGGCCAGAGGGGAAGCACUGGGGGAUAGGAUUCUGUGGACCCAUUGAUCGUGUUUCGAAAACCCAUUUGGAUCUCAUCAUGAAUGUAAAAAUGUUCUUGGUACCAUUUAAUUCAGACCUACUUGGAGAAAAGUCUCUUGAAAUGAGCUGUAGCGGGAUUCCCUGGAUUUGUUCUUGGACAAGAAGAAACUAGCGAUUUGUUGCUGUGACGUUGCGUGGAAACCACAUUGUAAAGAAACCACAAACUGGAAUCCUUUUCCAGCCGGAGGCCUGUUUCCCAGUGCACCCAUCUGGUCUGGGAUGUGUGAGCAUUGAAGGAGUGAGAGGACAAAGCAGACAUCUUACAGCCUGCUCCUUGAGACUGCAGCCCUCCUACCAGGGCUUGCCACCUCAGUGAGAGCACGGCAUUACCCGGCCUUUGCAGUCUGCUGUGUGCACUGAAGCCGUAAUGCCGGGAGUGUGGCAGUAUGGAGAUCAGUCUAGUUGGGUCUAUUUAUUAUGAAACGGUGAUCACUCAUCCACCCACUGUCUAUGGUGUAACUGCGUUUUCAUCUGUAUUUUUUUUUUUAAUAUGCAAAAGCCAUUUAAUUUUCUAUGCAGUUCAAAAACAUUUCCCCUUCGCAAUGCCAGGUGGGAGAUAUGUGCAGGAAAACCAGGCCAAGUGGCUAAUGGUGUUUUUGAUUUUGCUGUUGCAGUCUUCUAAGGAUACAUCAUGGAAUCUUCUGCACAGUGUCCCCUUGCUGAGCUCCUGCCUGUUAGACCCCCUUAACAUCUCUGAGCCCCAGGGAUGAGGGCCCCAUGUUUUUGAAGGAGCUGUCAUUUUUCAUGAGUCAGGCUACAAGGAAGGAGGGCUCGAAGGCAGUGCCGUAAGAGCAGAGAUACGCGCGAAGUUCAGGGAGUGUAUUAUAUUACUGUUCUCAUCCCUGCUUGGAGAGUUACUGAACUGUUAGAAAUUACUUAAGACCUAUGCGGAGCACCCUGCAGCCUUUACUGGAAGUACAUGAAGAGGUCAGAAUGGACUGGGGAAUCAAUUGUCUCCCUGUGAAGCUGACAGUGAAUUUAACCCCUUUGGAACAGGAGAAGAAUCUCCUGGUGCUAGGUGCCUACUUCACUCAAGAGGACUGCACUGGUUUUACCUCCUGGUUUGCAGACCCCUUGCUUGUGCCCAGUUGAUUUCCUAUUGAAACUGGUGCAGACGGGGUUGGAAGUAGAGCUGGGAAGUUACUUUGCACUGCAGGACUUUCAGCACCUGGAACAUGUCCUGAACUACUACAUGUUAUGCUCUGAAACAAAACCUGGGAUUCAAACCUGCAUCCGUCCAAGUGAAACUCCCGGGAUAGCUGCUUUGCCGUCUGCUGGGUCUGUGUAACAUGAGAGAUCGUAUGUCCCUAAGCAGCACACAAAUCUGUUGAGGUAGAGGGGAGCGGAGGCCAAAGGGUGAUGCUGUACAUCUAGCUCAUUUUAGGGCUUGCAGGGGCAUUUGGAGGCCUCUGGCAAAUGCAGAGGGUCCUGGGUGAUGAGACACCUCCGCUUUAACUGUGCUAAAGGGAAAAAAGUCAGAGAAAUAAGAUUGUUUUCAACAUGCCACAAGGUCAGGAUGCUUUCGUGUAGUCUCCUCUGUGGCAAUGCUGUUGUUUCUGUGUUCUGUCUCUGCUCUGAGCUUGGGUGACUCAGCUUUAAACUUAACUUGAGACCAGAUUGGGAUUUAACCUGCCUUGUGUUCUCUCAAGUCAGAUGGAAGAGGUUGUGGGCUGCAGAAACGCGGGUCAUCUCCCUUGCAGCAUCCCCCAUGCUACAGUUUCAUGGUGGCUGUGUAAACUCAAUAGUGCAUUUGGGUGCUGCUCUCCCAGGAACCCAAAAUAUUCUUGCUCUGCCUUAGCACCAGAGCUGACUUGGGGGUCCCUGUUCCCUUUCCCUUUGUACGUCUGAGGGGGGUUAAAGCUUGUUAGAGCAGUAGGGGCUCAUCACUGUGAGGAAAUGGAUACAGUUGUGUUAAAGGUAACUGCAGCAGUAUUUAGGAGCUCACUAACUGAAGUGAAAAGUCACUGGCUCACUCCUGCAGAGACUGAUCCCAGAGUUCAGCUGCUCCUGUGCCCUUUUGAUGGGAUCUUGGAGCAGCAUCUUGGAACAGCAGUGCGGGGAGGUGGAUGGAGAUGCUGCACUGCAGUUAGCACAAGAAGAGGCAAGUGAGCCUCAAGUGUAGCACUCAUCACACACUUCAUAGCUCAGUUCAUUGACUGUAAUUGCAGGUAUUCAUAUAAUCUGCAUCACUGGGCAGGACUCUGCGCGCACACACAUGCAUGCCCAGACGUACACGCACCACACCCACACUCGCCCACACAUCCUCGCCAAAAUGACUGAAAAUAAAAGUGAUCUCA